UUGGGGGGUACCGUGUGUGGUGCAGGUGCUGAGGCAGAGGCCCCGGCACGCAGGCGCAGUGAGCGCUGCCGCAGACAGGGGGCGUCAACAUGGCGCCCUGAGGAACGACAACAUCACUGCUCUGCCAUCGGGAGGAGGAGAGGAGAGGAGACGGGGAGAGCGAGCGAGCGCAGCCGGGAGAGGACCGCUCUGCCGAGACACGACACAAGGACUCGCUUUCCUCCGGCACUCGUGCGCUUCCCUCGGCCUGACGGAGCGGAGAGGCCCGGGUUUCGACGUCAGCGCGCCCCGCUGAGCGCCUGCGGUCGCAUCCCCAGCGUUCCGCCUCGGUUUCAUGCGGUUCGUCCGGCGGCCGGUGACACAAAGCAGGUGAGAGACCGAGGCGAGGCGAGGCGAGGCGGCCGCUCCCGCUCCCGUUCGUCCGGGUUUCGGGUGGAAAUGUCGAGCGAAAAGCCGCUUUCGGCGCCCACCACCUCCUCCUCCUCCUCCUCGCUCGCCGAGCGGGAAGCUCCGCCGGGUUCCGCCGGCGGGGAGGUGAUGGUGUCCGGCUCGGGCUCCGUGGUGCUGCCCGCUGGGGUCAUCAACCCGUCGGUCCCCAUCCGGAAUAUCAAGAUGAAGUUCGCCGUGCUCAUCGGCCUCAUCCAGGUCGGCGAGGUCAGCAACAGGGACAUCGUGGAGACGGUGCUGAACCUGCUGGUGGGCGGCGAAUUCGACCUGGAGAUGAACUUCAUCAUCCAGGACGCGGAGAGCAUCACCUGCAUGGUGGAGCUGCUCGAGCACUGCGAUGUGACGUGCCAGGCGGAGAUCUGGAGCAUGUUCACGGCGAUCCUGCGCAAGAGCGUGCGCAACCUGCAGACCAGCACCGAGGUGGGCCUCAUCCAGCAGGUGCUGCAGAAGAUGAGCUCCGUCGACGACAUGAUCGCAGACCUCUUGGUGGACAUGCUGGGAGUGCUGGCCAGUUACAGUAUCACAGUGAAAGAGCUGAAGCUGCUGUUUAGCAUGCUGAGGGGAGACAAUGGCGUAUGGCCGAGGCACGCCAUCAAGCUGCUGUCUGUCCUGAACCAGAUGCCUCAGAGACACGGCCCAGAUACCUUCUUCAACUUCCCCGGACGCAGUGCGGCGGCCAUCGCUUUGCCUCCCAUUGCUAAGUGGCCUUACCAGAGCGGUUUCACCUUCAACACAUGGUUCCGUAUGGACCCUCUCAACAAUAUCAACGUAGACAAGGACAAGCCCUACCUGUACUGCUUCCGAACCAGCAAAGGGAUCGGCUACUCGGCGCAUUUCGUGGGGAACUGUUUGAUAGUGACGUCACUGAAGUCCAAAGGCAAAGGCUUCCAGCACUGCGUGAAGUACGACUUCCAGCCCAGGAAGUGGUACAUGAUCAGCAUCGUGCACAUCUACAACCGCUGGAGGAACAGCGAGAUCCGUUGCUAUGUGAAUGGGCAGUUGGUGUCCUACGGCGACAUGGCCUGGCACGUCAACACCAAUGAUAGUUAUGAUAAAUGUUUCCUGGGCUCGUCAGAGACGGCUGAUGCCAACCGGGUGUUCUGCGGUCAGCUUGGAGCUGUUUAUGUCUUCAGUGAAGCGCUCAACCCGGCACAGAUCUUCGCCAUCCAUCAGCUGGGACCCGGGUACAAGAGCACCUUUAAGUUUAAAUCAGAGAGUGAUAUCCACCUGGCUGAGCAUCAUAAGCAGGUGUUGUAUGAUGGGAAGUUGGCCAGCAGCAUUGCGUUCACCUAUAACGCGAAGGCCACAGACGCCCAGCUCUGCCUGGAGUCUUCCCCCAGAGAGAACCCCUCCAUCUUCGUCCACUCACCACACGCCCUCAUGCUGCAGGACGUGAAGGCCAUCGUCACUCACUCCAUCCACAGUGCCAUCCACUCCAUCGGGGGCAUCCAGGUCCUGUUCCCGCUCUUCUCCCAGCUGGACUACCGGCAGCCCAACGACAGUCCGGUGGAGACCACCGUGUGUGCCACCCUCCUGGCGUUCCUGGUGGAGCUGCUGAAGAGUUCCGUCGCCAUGCAGGAGCAGAUGCUGGGAGGAAAGGGCUUUCUGGUUAUUGGCUACCUCCUGGAGAAGUCGUCCCGCGUGCACAUCACCAGGGCGGUUCUGGAGCAGUUCCUGUCCUUCGCCAAGUAUCUGGACGGGCUUACUCAUGGGGCUCCCCUCCUAAAGCAGCUGUGUGACCAUGUCCUGUUCAACGCAGCCAUCUGGAUCCACACUCCUGCCAAGGUUCAGCUCUCUCUGUACACCUACUUAUCGGCAGAGUUCAUCGGCACGGCCACCAUCUACACCACCAUCCGCAGGGUGGGCACGGUGCUGCAGCUCAUGCACACACUCAAGUACUACUACUGGGCCAGCAACCCGCUGGAGAGCAGCGGCAUCACACCCAAAGGCCUCGAUGGUCCACGCCCCACACAGAAGGAGAUCAUCUCCCUUCGCGCCUUCAUGCUCCUCUUCCUCAAACAGCUUAUUCUCAAGGACCGAGGUGUGAAAGAGGAUGAACUGCAGAGCAUUUUGAACUACCUGUUGACCAUGCAUGAGGAUGAGAACAUCCAUGACGUUCUUCAGCUUCUGGUGGCUCUCAUGUCCGAGCACCCGGCCUCCAUGAUCCCGGCCUUCGACCAGAGGAAUGGAAUACGGGUCAUCUACAAGCUCCUGGCCUCGAAGAGUGAGAGCAUUCGAGUCCAGGCGCUCAAAGUCCUCGGCUACUUCCUGAAACAUCUAGGACACAAGAGGAAAGUGGAGAUCAUGCACACACACAGCCUCUUCACGUUGCUGGGCGAGAGAUUAAUGAUGCACACCAACACCGUGACAGUCACUACCUACAACACGCUUUAUGAGAUUCUCACGGAGCAGGUGUGCACGCAGGUGGUCCACAAGCCCCACCCAGAGCCAGACUCCACCGUCAAGAUCCAAAACCCCAUGAUUCUGAAGGUGGUUGCCACGCUGCUGAAGAAUUCCACUCCGAGCACUGAGCUGAUGGAGGUGCGCCGCCUCUUCCUGUCUGACAUGAUCAAGCUCUUCAGCAACAGCAGAGAGAACAGACGCUGUCUGCUGCAGUGUUCGGUGUGGCAGGACUGGAUGUUCUCUCUGGGCUACAUCAACCCUAAGAACCCAGAAGAGCAGAAGAUCACCGAGAUGGUCUACAACAUCUUCCGCAUCCUGCUGUAUCACGCCAUCAAGUACGAGUGGGGAGGAUGGCGCGUGUGGGUGGACACCCUCAGCAUCGCCCACUCCAAGGUGACGUACGAGGCGCACAAGGAGUACUUGGCCAAGAUGUACGAGGAGUACCAACGGCAAGAGGAGGAGAACAUCAAGAAAGGAAAGAAGGGUUCGGUCAGCACCAUCUCAGGCCUGUCUGCGCAGCCGGCCGCCGUCAACGGCAACCUGGAGAUCCGCGAGAUGGACGACACGUCGCAGACACAAACGCCCGAGAGUGAGGCUGACUAUGGCGAGGGCGGAGACUCGCGAAACCUGCUGGCUGAGGCCAAAGGCCCCGAGACAGAACCGGAAAGGACAGGGCCUGGGGUCAGGGUGGAGGUCCAUGACCUGCUGGUGGACAUCAAGGCCGAAAAGGUGGAAGCCACUGAGGUGAAGCUGGAUGACCUGGACCUGUCCCCGGAGGCGCUGGGUGGCGGAGGGGGCAUAGAAAAUGGCCCUCUGGUAGAGGUGGACUCCCUGCUGGACAGCGCCUACUGCGCAGCUGUACGCAAGCUGAACGGUGGCCUGGGGCCCAAGGAGGAAGAGGAGGUGGGCGUGGUGGGGCUGGGAGAAGAAGACAGCAACCUGGGCCCCCUGAUCACGCUGGCCGACGAAAAGGACAGCGUGCCCAGCAACAACGGUUUCCUCAGCUUCCCCAAAGCUGACGAGAAGCUCCUGCCCUCACUGGCCCCGGCAGAGCCGCUCGCGUUGACCGGCCGAGACAAGCCACCCUGUGCCUCCAGUGCCAGCGAUGACCUCAGUCUGCUGGCUCACAUGACGUCCUGUGGCGCUGACCUUGGCCCCAGCAAUGGGGGGGCACUGCCUGCAGACGAGGGCUUCAAGCUGCAGGACACGCUGGCCGACAUCAGCACGUUGGCUGAAGCCGAGGUCCAGGCCGCAGUGGGGGGUGCUGAGGGAUCCGAGAGUGGUGCAGGAGAUACUGCGGUGUCCAGGAGCGGAGACGCCGUCAGCACCAUGUCCGACACAGAGAGGUCUGACGAUGGCAAAGACAAAGAGAUGAAGAAGAUCCAAACAACGGCCACCACACAGGCUCUACAUGGGCGUUCAGGCAGUCAGAUGGAGCGGGACCUGCGGGUGGAUCUGGGCUUUAGAGGGAUGCCCAUGACUGAGGAGCAGCGGCGGCAGUUCAGCCCCGGCCCGCGGACCACUAUGUUCCGCAUCCCAGAGUUCAAGUGGUCACCCAUGCACCAACGCUUGCUCACAGACCUGCUCUUCGCCCUGGAGACAGACGUACAUGUGUGGAGAAGCCACUCGACUAAAUCGGUCAUGGACUUCGUGAACAGUAACGAGAACAUUAUAUUUGUGCACAACACCAUCCACCUCAUUUCUCAGAUGGUUGAUAACAUCAUCAUCGCCUGUGGAGGGAUCCUGCCCUUGCUCUCCGCUGCCACCUCGCCUUCUAGUUCUAAGGUUAGUGCAAACCCUAAACAGAGGGGCUCUUGCUCUCAGAGAGGAGUUAAGACCAGUGAAGUAAACCCCCUACCAGGCAAUUCUUCUACAGGGGGAGAGACGGAGCUGGAGAAUGUGGAGGCGACGCAGGGCAUGUCUUCAGAGACAGCCGUGACGUUCCUCAGCAGGCUGAUGGCCAUGGUGGACGUGCUGGUGUUCGCCAGCUCCCUCAACUUCAGCGAGAUCGAGGCUGAGAAGAACAUGUCCUCCGGAGGGCUGAUGCGGCAGUGUCUGCGGCUGGUGUGUUGUGUUGCUGUGCGGAACUGUCUGGAGUGCAGGCAGAGACAGAGAGAUCGAGGCAGCAAGUCUUCACUGCCUAUCAGCAAGACCCAAGAGAACCUUCAGAGCGCAGCAUCCGCCAGCAAGAGUGCCAUAGCCAAUGUCCCCCGUAACCUCUCUCCCAUCAAGGACCCUGACAGGCUGCUGCAGGACGUCGACAUCAACCGUCUGCGAGCCGUCGUCUUCAGAGAUGUGGAUGACAGUAAGCAAGCCCAGUUCCUGGCCCUGGCUGUAGUCUACUUCAUUUCUGUCCUCAUGGUGUCGAAAUACCGGGACAUCCUGGAGCCACAGCGUGAGAUUGGCAGGUCCAGCAGCCUAUCGGGAAGGAGCAUCCGACAAGAGAUCAAUUCCCCCACCAGCACAGAAAACCCGUCCUCCUUCUCGGACGGCGGCCGUGCUGAGCGCCCCCUGGAGGAUCUCCCUCUUGAGGGCUCUCUGCCCCACACAGAUUCAGGAAUUGGAGACGAGCAGAUGGGCAGCACCCUCAACGGUUCAGAACUGGGGGGCGAAGCCUCAGGGGGCUCUACGGGUUCUGGCGGGGGUCCGGAUGCCAUGAGUGAGCUGCUCUGCACCCUCUCCUCGGAAGUGCGUAAGUCCCGCGAGUCCCUCCUGGAAUCGCCGCCCGGUGUGGACGUCCACCUCAAGCCGGCUGCGUCCAUCUCCAGCAUCAGCCAAGCCAACAAGGGCAUCAACGUGAAGGAGAUCCUGAAGAGCCUGGUGGCGGCGCCGGUGGAGGGUGCGGAGGCGGGGCCUGAGCCUCAGCCAUACCACCCUGACCCCGCCCUGAAGAGGGAGGCCGCUGCCAUGCUGCCCAUGCAGUUUCACUCAUUCGACAGGAGCGUGGUUGUACCAGUGAAGAAGCCUCCUCCUGGCAGUCUUGCUGUGAAUACUGUCGGCACUCCCACCACCAGCUCUGUUCCCUCCUCUGGCAGCACACCUAACAUCUUCGCCGCUGCCACUGCAACACCUAAGAGCAUGAUUAACACGACAGGUGCCACAGACUCCGCCUCCUCCUCCUCUUCUUCCUCCAGCUUUGUGAACGGAGCUACCAGUAAAAACCUGCCUGCUGUGCAGACUGUUGCCCCGAUGCCUGAGGACACGGUGGAGAACAUGAGUGCCUUUUGUGAAGUGGACCAGUGUCCACUGCGAACCGGCCUGACACCUCCUGAGCUCAAAUCCUUUAGCUCACUGGCAGGAUUCCAGACAGCCCCCAGAGAUGCAGGACAGUGUCUUAGCAUAACCACCAAGUUGGAGCGGGCACUGGAGAAGGUGGCCCCCUUGUUGAGAGAGAUUUUUGUGGACUUUGCGCCGUUCCUGUCCAGGACCCUUCUGGGUAGCCAUGGGCAGGAGUUGCUGAUUGAAGGUACAGGUUUGGUGUGUAUGAAGUCCAGCACAUCAGUAGUGGAGCUGGUGAUGCUUCUGUGUUCACAGGAGUGGCAGAACUCCAUUCAGAAGAACGCAGGACUUGCCUUCAUUGAGCUCAUUAACGAGGGCAGGCUUUUGUGCCACGCCAUGAAGGACCACAUUGUUCGAGUAGCCAACGAGGCGGAGUUUAUCCUGAACAGACAGAGAGCCGAGGACGUCCACAAACAUGCCGAGUUCGAGUCGAACUGCGCUCAGUAUGCUGCGGAUCGGAGAGAGGAAGAAAAGAUGUGCGAUCACCUGAUCAGUGCGGCCAAGCACAGAGACCAUGUGACCGCCAACCAGCUGAAGCAGAAGAUCCUCAACAUCCUGACCAAUAAACAUGGAGCGUGGGGCACAAUGUCACAGAGCCAGCUGCAUGAUUUCUGGCGCUUGGACUACUGGGAGGACGACCUGCGCAGGAGGCGGAGAUUUGUACGCAACGCUUUUGGCUCCACGCACUCGGAUGUGUCGCUCAAGUCUCUGGAGGAUUACGCUCCUGAGGAAGAGGAGAACAAGAAGUCGAAGAAGACGUUCCGGAGCCAGUCAGUGGUCAGUCAGAACCCAGAGACCGAGCUGAUGCUGGAGGGAGAUGAUGAUGCAGUCAGUCUGCUGCAGGAGAAGGAGCUCGACAAUCUUGCAGGUCCCGUAGUUCUGAGCACACCGGCCCAGCUGGUGGCGCCUGUGAUCGUUGCCAGGGGAACGCUCUCCAUCACCACCACUGAGAUUUAUUUUGAGGUGGAUGAAGAUGAUCCUGCGUUCAAGAAGAUCGACGCAAAAGUGUUGGCGUACUCUGAGGGUCUCCAUGGGAAGUGGAUGUUUAGUGAGAUCAGAGCCGUGUUCGCCAGGCGUUAUCUGCUGCAAAACACCGGCCUAGAGGUCUUCAUGGCCAACAGAACAUCGGUCAUGUUCAACUUCCCGGACCAGGCUACAGUCAAAAAGGUGGUGUACAGUUUACCCCGAGUUGGGGUCGGCACCAGCUAUGGCCUCCCUCAAGCAAGGCGGAUCUCUCUGGCCACUCCUCGGCAGCUCUUUAAGUCCUCCAACAUGACCCAGCGCUGGCAGAGGCGAGAGAUUUCCAACUUUGAGUACCUCAUGUUCCUCAACACCAUUGCAGGGAGAACGUAUAAUGAUCUGAACCAGUACCCGGUCUUCCCCUGGGUCCUCACCAACUAUGAGUCUGAGGAGCUGGACCUCACUUUGCCCGGCAACUUCAGGGACCUGUCAAAGCCGAUCGGAGCCCUGAAUCCGAAGCGUGCCGCCUUUUAUGCAGAGCAUUAUGAGACAUGGGAGGAGGACGGAACCCCACCACAUCACUACACCGCCCUCUACUCCACCGCUGCCUCCACUCUACUCUGGCUGCACAGAAUAGAGCCCUUCACUACAUUUUACCUGAACGGGAACGACAGAAAGUUUGACCAUCCGGACAGAACGUUCUCUGGCAUCAUGCGCUCCUGGAGGAGCUGCCAAAGGGACACAUCCGACGUGAAGGAGUUGAUCCCUGAGUUCUACUACCUCCCUGAGAUGUUUGUGAACAGCAAUGGUUAUGAUUUGGGCGUGAGGGAGGACCGCACACCUGUAUGUGAUGUGGAGCUGCCUGCCUGGGCCAAGAAACCAGAGGACUUUGUUCGCAUCAACAGAAUGGCGCUGGAGAGCGAGUUCGUUUCAUGCCAGCUGCACCAGUGGAUCGACCUGAUCUUCGGCUACAAGCAGCGAGGGCCGGAAGCGGUGAGAGCGCUCAAUGUGUUCCACUACAUGUCCUACGAAGGCUCCAUCAACCUGGACACCAUCACGGACCUGCAGCUCAGAGAGUCCAUGGAGGCUCAGAUCCAGACUUUCGGCCAGGUUCCCUCUCAGCUGCUGAUCGAGCCGCAUCCUCCGCGCAGCUCCGCCAUGCAUCUGUGUUUCCUUCCUCAGAGUCCGCUCAUGUUUAAGGAUCAGAUGCAGCAGGAUGUGAUCAUGGUGCUGAAGUUUCCCUCCAACUCUCCGGUGACGCACGUGGCUGCAAACACGCUGCCUCACCUGAGCGUUCCCGCUGCCGUCACAGUCACCUGCAGCCGCCUGUUCGCCGUCAACCGCUGGCACAACACUGUCGGUCUCAGGGGAGCCCCAGGAUACUCCCUGGAGCAGGCUCAUCACUUACCCAUCGAGAUGGAUCCUCUGAUAGCUAAUAACUCUGGAGUGAAUAAACGGCAGAUCACUGAUCUGGUGGACCAGAGCAUUCAGAUCAACACGCACUGUUUUGUGGUCACUGCUGACAAUCGCUAUAUUCUGGCCUGUGGCUUCUGGGACAAGAGUUUUCGGGUGUAUUCCACAGAAACAGGUAAGCUGACUCAGAUUGUGUUUGGCCACUGGGACGUAGUGACGUGUCUGGCUCGCUCAGAGUCCUACAUUGGUGGAGACUGCUACAUCGUCUCUGGCUCUCGAGAUGCUACGCUGCUGCUGUGGUACUGGAGCGGGCGGCACCACAUCAUUGGAGAUAAUCCUAACAACAGUGAUUAUCCAGCACCCCGGGCGGUUCUGACCGGUCAUGACCAUGAGGUGGUGUGUGUGUCUGUGUGCGCUGAGCUGGGACUCGUCAUCAGUGGAGCUAAAGAGGGUCCAUGUUUGGUGCACACCAUCACGGGGGACCUGCUGAGGGCUCUGGAGGGGCCGGAGAACUGCGUGCGACCGCGGCUCAUAUCUGUGUCCAGUGAGGGCCACUGUAUCAUCUACUAUGAGAGGGGACGCUUCUGCAACUUCAGCAUCAACGGCAAACUGCUGGCUCAGAUGGAAGUCAAUGACUCCACCCGAGCUAUCCUGCUGAGCAGCGAUGGCCAGAACCUGGUGACGGGUGGGGAUAAUGGCGUGGUGGAGGUGUGGCAAGCCUGCGACUUCAAACAGCUCUACAUCUACCCAGGCUGUGACGCAGGCAUCAGAGCCAUGGACCUGUCUCAUGACCAGAGAACUCUGAUCACUGGAAUGGCAUCGGGGAGCAUCGUGGCAUUCAACAUCGAUUUCAACCGCUGGCACUACGAGCACCAGAACAGAUACUAAGAGUGGACGCGGAGAGACGAGAGAUGAGAAGGCCUAGUCGGCAGCCUGCUGGCCACAUUUCAGCUGGGAGAUUUCCUACCGAUCCGUGCCCUGCUAGUCCAUCGAGAGGUUUGCGGAAAUACGCAGGGCGUGUCGAAGUUCUGGAAUAGAGCGGAGCGUCAGACUGAGCGAAAAAGAUGAACAUAAGACUUAUCUCUGUCGUAACCUAGAUCCUUAGGAUUGUUUCUUCCCCCUUCCCACAUAUGAUGAUAGGUCGCCUGAAGUCCUCUUGUUUGCAAACUGUGAACACAACAUAAACAUGACCACAAAAUCCACGAGCACCACCACGGACUGAAGAGAGUGAGUCUCGUACCGCAGUUACCCUCUGAGACUCCUUUCAGACGACCCGCCAAACAAAGAAUGCUUUUACUAUCGUUUUAGUUCGUGGGGUAGGGGGCCUGGGCUCAACGUAGUCUUUGUAUAUAUGAAAUUUGUCCUCACUGCAGCCAGGCAGGUCCUCACUAUGAGGGGAGAGCUUACGUUCCCGUAUUCCCCACCGCCCGUAUGGAUGGUCCCGUCACCUUUAAUUUAACGACCUGCUGUAUGUACUAUAAUGUGUAUUAAUAAUGACAUGACGCAUAACGACGGUGAUGAUGGCGAUGUGAGAUGAGAGCAGCCAGCCAACGAGGAGGUAACAUCCUAUCAGAAAACGAGCUGCGUUUUCCUCUUUGUAUAUUUGGUAACCGUUUUGUCAUAUAUGUACAUAACGUGACGGCUAGGACAGACAGGCAUGUACGAGGGACUUCAAACAGUACAGAACUUUAAAUUUAAAAUAAAUAAAACAAAAAAAAAAAAAGAAAGAAAAGAAAAAGUAACCCUCUCUCACUCACACACAUUUGCUGAUUAUUUAUGAUUCUGAAAAAAAAAAAAAAACGAAGUCUUUUGUAUUGGCACUUUGCACCAAUAACAUGCCGUAAUUUAUUAGUGUAUCGAUUUUAUUUUUCGAUCGACAGACACAUUUAGGCCCCCCCCCCCCAUUGUAUGAGUUGUGCAUCAAUGUUUGUUGUAUUUGAUCAAUAUUAAAAUCAUGUGUGGUAAUUAUGUUGUACAACCACAACCACAGUAAGCAAUAUCAUAACUUUGUAGCCAGGAGAGGAAUAUAAAUCAUAUAGCUUUUUGAGGAGGGGACGAUUGGUUUAUACGAGUAUUAAGCUGUUUAGAGUACAUUAUACACUUAAAUAUGAAGCGGUUUCUUUUGUUCCUCCCCCUCAUCCUCCUAAAAUAAUAAUAAAAAAAAAUAUUUUUGAAGCUACAGUAUGAUACUCCAAUCCAAUGUAUCCUUGUUUUCUUGCAAAGAUGUAAAUGACGAGUCACAGUUAAGAAAAAAAAAAGACGUGAAUAAUAAAUUAUGCAAAGAAUUUGUUGAUUUUUGCCUGGUCAUUGGCCAUGGAUGUGCAUAUAUGACAGACAGAGGUGCAAUCUGUCUGUGAUUAGGUGAGUGGUUAGUACCGUACGUUUGAUUUAAUUUGUACAUUUGCUAAAUAUUUUUGUUCUUUCAUUUCGUGUGGUGGAUUUGAUCACUUGCAUAUGUUUAAUUUAUUCCUUUGUGUAUUGUUUGUAGAGAGGAGAGGUACAGUUAUUGGUGAAAAAGUCAAAGGAGGACAAUAUAUUUAGAGUAAAACACCUUAACCGAUGAACUUUGGGGCCCCCAUCUGCUGUUUCAUGCAUUUGCUGCAACUUGAAUAAGCCAGAAAACUCACAGGAGGUUGUCUCUUCAAAUGUUUAAAUAUUAAUUCAUGCCAAUAUAUAAAGAUCAAUAACUGUAAAAUAAAAUUGUUUCCUUUUUGUCGUAUUUACAAUAAAACCAACCAAAACAUC